UUCCUGACGCUUUGCGCACCCUGCUUAGUUAAGCUUAGCUCCCCUUCCCAAGCAGACAUGGCUGUCGUUUCGUCCGCUCUGAUCGCCCUGCUCAUCCUGAGCCCCGUGGCCCUUGGUAUAGACGUACUGCAGCUCCAAAACACCGACUUCGACUACUGGGUGUCCGAGCAGGAUAUGAUGCUGGUGAAGUUCUUUGCCCCUUGGUGCAAAAAAUGUCAGAAAUUAGCUCCUGAGUACGAAAAUGCAGCAACGCGCCUGAAGGGGAUUGUCACUUUAGCAGAGGUGGAUUGUUCAGCAAACUCAGGAAUAUGUGGACGCUUCGGAGUGAAUGGGUACCCCACUCUCAAAAUAUUCCGAAAUGGGAAGGAAGCUGCUAUCUACAAUGGACCACACACGGCAGAGGGCAUCGUGCAAUAUAUGCAGAAGCAGGUUGGACCCAGCUCUGUGAGCCUGCAUAGCAAGGCUGACCUGGAUGCCUUCAUUGAUAACUUUGAUGCCAGCAUAGUGGGCUUCUUUCCUGGGCACGGCUCUACACAGCUAACUGAAUACCUGAAGGCUGCCACUGCCCUGAGGGAGAGCUACCGCUUUGCCCACACAACGAAGGCUGAGUUGGGCGUCAUGCACGACCUGCACACCGAGACUGUGCUGCUCUUCCGACCUCCACGGCUCCACAGCACAUUUGAGACAAGCAUGGAAAAGUAUGAUGGUCCUAUUAGUACUUCUGUACUGCGCAAGUUCAUCAAGGACAACAUCUUUGGAAUUUGCCCUCAUGUGACCCAGGAGAACAGAGAUAAACUGAAGGGACGAGACUUGCUGAUCGCUUUCUAUGAUCUGGAUUAUGUGCGGGAUCCUAAGGGAUCCAAGUACUGGAGGAACAGAGUGCUGAAAGUGGCAUCUCAGUUCCAGUCUCGGAGCCUAACCUUUGCAGUGGCCAACAGGAGAGAGUUCCAGAAAGAGCUAGAGCAGGAGUUUGGCCUGGGCCUGUCAGACAGUGGGGGGCCGCCUGUUGUCACCAUCAGGACACGGGAGGGACAUAAGUAUACCAUGCGCGAGGAGUUCACUCGUGAUGGAAAGGCACUGGAGCGCUUCCUGGAGGAUUAUUUUGCUGGACACCUGAAGCGCUUUAUUAAAUCCCAGCCUUCUCCUGAGCGCAAUAAUGGUCCCAUCAAGGUGGUGGUAGCAGAGACGUUUGAGGAGAUUGUCAAUGAUCCAGACAAGGAUGUGCUGAUUGAGUUUUAUGCUCCCUCAUGUAGACACUGCAAGAACCUAGAGCCCAAAUACGUGGAGCUGGGCCAGAAGCUAUCGAGUAACCCCAGGAUCAUCAUUGCCAAGAUGGAUGCCACUGCAAAUGAUGUCCCAAAUGGAUAUGAUGUGCAGGGGUCAGCUGACUUUAUUUCAGCACAUAUGCUUUCAUCUUUCCCACUAUUUACUUUGCAAGAGUUGGGAAGAAGGACCUGCCACUUAGAUAUGAGGGCCCCCGUGAAGUGAAAGACAUCCUGAAAUUCCUAGAGAGAGAGGCCACCCACAGACUUGGGCAGAGGAGCACCAAGGAUGAGUUGUGAACAAGGACCGACAGGCUGAGGGAUGGAUGAAACAUGGAUGGGAAACCCUGAUCCAACACAGGAAGAUUAACAGGUGACUUUCACAGAGCCGAGACAGAAGCUGCAAGUUGGAAAGUGGCCUUUCAGGACCAUCGCUGCUCCCCCUGAAGUAGGGAAAGGAGGAUCUGCUGCAUGGAGCCAUGGUAACAGUGUUACACCAUGCUGGUCAUAUGUGUUUAUACCCUGACAAACUGAAAAGAUGAAGGAAAAGACAGCGUAGCCAUUUUUCUGGGAUAUGUUUUAUGUAAAAUGUGAGUGUUACUCUGCCCUCUUACAGAUUAUGUAGGGUAUGAAUGAAUUUAAACCCUGAUUCAUGAGGAGGUAGGCUGCAUCUUGUGAAAUAUUGUUAAUCCACUUUGUUUGACUAAAGGAAAUGGAUCAAUAAAAACACAGACAUGACUGUUCUCACCCUCAUCUGUCUGGUCUUGCAUUGCUACAUUCCAUUCUAUCUAAACCCAUUAUUAUAUGCUUUUGAAAACCAUUUUGGUAUCUUCAGUCAACCAGUGGGUGCAGUGAUGCUUCCAGAUGCACUGAAAGUCAUCAGCACUCUUCUUGAAGGCCAAUUUAUACUUCUGCAUAGAUUCCACGUUGUUGGUAGCUGCGUGGCUGUGUACCCUGUGCCACAGCCUGACGCACACCUCCCCAUAAAUGUAACUGUAGGCGUCAGGCUAUGGCAUAAGGAACAUGGCAUUGUGGCUACCUGUGGCGUACACUCUAUGCAGAGGCAUAAGUCUUAACUUGCUUCCCUCCAACCAGAUUACGGUGCUUUUUUCACUGGCAUACAGGAACCUACAGAAGCCCAUUUCUGCCACAUAAAAUAAAAAAUAGAUUAGAUACUAAGUCAUAAUUAUGAGAUGUCAAAUUGGAAUUAUGAGGUACCAAGUCAUAAUUCUGAGAUACUAAGUCACAAUUGAGAUACUAAGUCAUAAUUAUGAAAAGCAAAAUCGAAAUUGAGAAACUAAGUCAAAAUUACGAGAUACUAAGAUAAAAUUGAGAUACUAAGCCAAAAUUAUAAGAUGCUAAAUCAUAAUUACAUAAUUAUCAUGUGAUAAUUAUGAUAUUUUAACUCACAAUUAUGAGAUACUAACUUGAAAUUAUGAGAAUCUAGACCAGUCACAUUGCUUCAUAUAUACAGCUUGCACCUCAGAUUCCAUAUUCAGUAUUCCGCUGUAAUAUCUUUUUAACAAAAGCAGGCCAGGCGGUUUCUCUAUGUCCAGUACACAUGCACAACAAUCAUUCUUGCGAUUCGAGCCCUUUCCCCAUCUGUGCUUUAAUCUUGUUAGUAUCUACGAAAAUACAUAUCACUUGUACUGAGAAGCAGCUGGUUCAGCAUUUUGAGCUGAUGGUGACUCUUGCACAUCCCUUGGUUUCCCAGAUUUCUGUAUGGGCAAAUUUGAAUGAAUGUUCGCAUGUUCUCUUCACGUUCAUUUGCAGUCCUUGGUGCCCUGAGUCUCCAUUCAUAGCACAAAUUGUGAAAUAAAUGGUCUAUACAUAUAUGUCUAUACAUGCUUAUUACAUUGUAAUCAUUAAUGCACAAUGGAGUAAAUAAAUGGUGUAAUAAUUCUAAAACUGAAUGAGACACAUCUAGUAAAAUGUGCUUUGAGCAGUAGAGUGUGCACACACUUUGAUUUUCAGAUAAUGUAAUUCCAUUCAAUAUUCAAUUUACCGGCUAUAGUAUUUUUUAACAGAAGCAAGCCAGACAGUUUUUAACCACAGAUUUUUGAUGUCCAGUACAAAGGCAGCCAUGCACACUGAUCAUUCUUAAGGUUCAAGUCCUGUGUGCUGGUUAUUAAAAGUCAAUGGUUAAAAACCACCUGGCAUGCUUUUGUUAAAACUAUGUUACUGUCUUCCUGAAACCUGAGGUGCAAACUGUAUAUGAAGCAUAGGUGUAGGUUUCAUAUUAACAUUGUGAGGCACGGGUAUAUCAAGGUCAGACAUGUGACACCACGUUGCAUUAUAUCGUAAAUGGAUUGCAUUUACAUAGCGCUUUUCUACUCCUACGAGCACUCAAAGCACUUUACAUUUCAUGCCUCACAUUCACCCAUCCAGACACACAUUCAUACACCGGUGGCGGAGGCUGCCAUGCAAGGCACCAACCUGCACACCGGGAGCAAUUUGGGGUUCAGUGUCUUGCUCAAGGACACUUUGAUGGGGUCAGGAACCAGGGCUCAAACCUGUAACCCUCUGGUUACCAAACGAUAGCACUGCAUCCUGCACCACCAUUUUCAUUAUGGAGUUCCCUUUUUUAUUCGUAAACUAUUGCUGUUAAAGUUACAAUAUAUAAAGUGAAAUUUAUCCUUUAUAAUUUUUUUUACUGUUAUUCAUCUUCAAUAAUAUGGUAGUUUAAGUGCGUUAAUGUCUCACAUUGUGUACACUGAACUUGUGGGAAUUAUUGAAAUUGUGCACAAAUCGCUAGAUUCCGCCACGAAUGUUAGGCCCUGUACUGUGAAAAAAUGACCUCAGUCAAGGCUGCACCCUGUCUUUUCUCACAAACAUCACAAACAUGCUAACUUCCUGAAAAGAAUCAUUAGCAUACACAACAUGUAAAAUAGCAACUAUCAAGGAGAUCAUUUCCUAGAGACCAAUAGAAGUAAUUAUAGGGGAUUUAUUGAAUCUCUUCUUAGCUAUAAAUCUGACUUUCUGGUAGCACUGCUUAUGAACUAAAUGAUUCUGAGUUUUUGGUAACUGAGUAACUUUAUGACAUUUUCCAAAUAAAUACCAGGUCUAGCCCUAUUUUUUUGUUGGGCUUCUUGCUCAUUUUUAUGUCCUUACAGCAAACACAAUGGGAUGAGAAUUAUGACUGACACAAACGCUAUGUACUAAUGCGUUUUCAGCAUUGCUACUAGUGUUUGUUAUGCUAUUAUCUAACUAAGCUACUUGUAGUUUGCACAACCAAGCAAGAUCAUCUUUAUGAAAAGUAAUCGACAUGAGACUAUUAAAUCCCACCAUUUCACUUAAUAUUUUUUGAUCAACUGUUGGUUGAUGCAAGGUCUUCAAUGAGUUUAUGUACAAAACCCCAGGUUUUCCACAUUUCAGAAGAAAUAAGUGAUAUCUACAGAAACAAGCCCAAAACAAGCAACCUCACCUAUUCCACAAUGAAUGAGAGGCCAUUUAAUUAACUAGUAUUAAUUUAUUUUUCAUGUCAUACCAGGACUUUUUGCAUUAGUUGCACUGAUGCACCUACUGUAACUUUUUAAUUUAGGUGUACCCCCACAAAAUUCAUGUGCACCCAAAUGUUUCACAGCACCUUUAGCACCACAUUUUGUUGCCAUUUCCCAUGAACAUUAAUAAUUAUGUAAAUGAUUGUAAAUAGGAAUAAAAAUGCAGGUAGAUGUUUUUUAUUUGAUCAAAAAAAUGCAAAAACUUGCAUCAUGUUACAUCAAAACUUAAAAAGUGUCUAUGUUUAAAGUGCUUGACAAAUUGAAAAUUUCAAAAACUCAAAUGACUCAAAAGUGUGUACUGCUUCCAAAUACUUUUUUUUUUAAUUAAUUUGCUGCUGUCUGAUGCUGAAAUGCUGUGGGGAGGGGGGGCACUCUGCGGGUCACACACUUGUCAUGACCAGGAUAUGCUUCUUAGCCCAGUGUUUCUGAGACUGUACAUUUAUAAAUGUUUUAAAGUUGUUUUUAUUAUGAUUUAAAAAAUCAAUUUACGUUUUAGCUUGAUAAUGUAACCGACAUGACUGUUUUAUUAGACUGAUGUAGCCUAUAUUUAGCUCAAUAGCAGUAGCUAGUCUUUCCAUCAAUAAAACAGAUUACAAAAGUUUUUUGUUAAAAAAGUGUGUCUGAAUUACCUGUAAUAUAAUUAAGCAAAGUCUCAUUAAAUGCAUAUAAUGGUAAGAGGAAAAUCCCUAAUAUUGAUUUAUCAAGGUAACAAUAAUUAUAACCCUGCAUGUUAAGCAAACAUGUUGCUACUAAACUAUAGUUAUAAUAGAUAUGACAUCUCUGCCUUUGAUUGGCUCUGACCCUGAAAAAAAAUGGAUAGACCUGAGAAAUGUUAGGUGCACCUGUGCGACCAAGUGAAAAAUUUAGUCACACUUGACUGAUUUUUGGUCGCACUGCGGAGCCCUCCAUGCAUAACAAAAGCUGCAAAAUUCUGGCCAACAAAGAAAUUAGUAAUUGAAAUGAAUGAUUAAAAAUGAAAGUCAAUAGUGUUGCCCUGUUGACAGUGCAGUGCUUCUGUCCGGUGGUUUACGAGGCUGGGUUGGUUUAUAGCUCCCUUCACUCAGCAACAAUCAGGUCCCAUGACCCGGUUUGGUCAGGAACGAGGUCUCUUUAUUUUAUCCUUUUCUUUUAGUUUGUCAACCAACAAACAAAAGCGGCACUUGAACAGCAGCACAGCAUUCACAUUGGCUUUCUCACACACGCUUCUCCAAACCAACCCCCCCCCCAACUGGGUGAUAGUUUGAACAUGGGCCCAUAUUCAAAUAAGGGGUAGCAUAGCCCAGCAAUUCUCAAUAGGUCUCAUAGCAGGUUUUGUUGGGUCAUAGCAGAGUUGUGAAAGGGUCGUAAGGCACAGUUGGAGAUACAAGCAUUUUAAAACCAGCAAGGUCCUAUGCUGAUCCACAAUAUAAUAUUGGCAAAAUUGGCCCUACCUGCAGCUGAAUCCAGUUU